CAUAACUUGUAGACUAACAACGUGGUAUAUAAACGAAGCAUACACGAUAUUUAAAUAUGUAUUGGUUAUUCUCUCGAGUGUGGACUAAAAGAGUCGUCUGCACUAAGCUGACCUGCUUGCGUUUAGCUUAGCUAGCAGCUGUCGUAGUUGUGAUGCGGGACAGAAAAGCUUGCUUCGGGUCGCGAAGAGCUAUUGAACAAUGGCUCGUUGCGGGACGAAGCAAAUAAAGUCAUGUUCCGCUAGUUGUCAAAAUAUCUCUACCUAGUAAACAUUAGCUGACUUGCUAUUGUUGCCUGUUAGCUCUAUAAAGGUUGACUGUGUGUGGGAAUCUCCAGUUCUCAUGUGACAAGGAGUUGUCAUGAUGGAACAAACAGAUCUGGGACCAGGCUAGCUACAUGGGUAGCUAGCCAGCCCUAGAAAGCUUGCAUGCGGAUUCUCCAUAGCCAGUUAAGUUAGCUAGCUAUUAAAAUGUGAUUUAUUUUGACAAGGUCUUAUCAACAAGCAUUUUUCUGCCGGCACUCUUUUUAGCUCGUCGUCAGUGUUUCUCUUAUAUUACUACUUAGGCGCGGCGCUCCUCCCCAUCCUCUAUCCAUUAGUUAGCAACUAAGCUAGUUAGCUGUUGCAGCUUUAGGCCUAUAGAAAACUGCUUGUUUUAUCCAGUAGAAUCUGGUUGAAGAUCAUACCUCAGACGCUGUGAGACAUGCAAGCUGAGGCCGGAUGUCGAAUGGUGCCUGAUAGGAUGGUGCGUUACAUCCACGCCACCAACAGCACGGGUGGUGAAAUUAGAUUUUGAAUUAGAAAAACAAAUUGUCCACCCAAUGUGGAAAGUUGUCUAAGGCUUCACACACAUAAAAACUGAUAUUAAAUACUGGGCUCUAGUUAGUUUUGUUUAUUUUAAUGGGCGAGCGAGAAAUAACCUGUAAUAUUGGUCGCCAAUUGGUUAACUUUACUGUCUUCGGGAAGCAUGACGACAAGCUGGUGCGAUUUCCCAGUGCACUGGUGUUGUGUUGAGGUGCCUGCGGACCUGAGGUGCUUCCCACUCCGCAGCUGUAUCGCGUUGUUGCCGGCGGUAGUUAACGUGGCCAAAAGUUUUCCUCCCAAGUUUUUACAAUUCCAAGUUGGAUAGCAUCCUUCAUGAGAAAUAACAAUGGUAAUACUUUGGUAAAUAAUAAUGGUAACCAUCUGGAUGUCACCGGGAACAGUCUAAUCAGUGGGGAGAGCAUACAUGGCAAGUCGGUGUUUCACAACACCGGGACAGUGUCCUUCACCCUCGCCUGCGGAGCACUGCUUUCCCGCAGUUCUGUUAACUAGAAAUAAUUCAAACGGUUCAAGAUGACUUCAUGGAGCGACCGCUUACAGAACUUUGCAGACCUCCCAGCCAACAUGGAUGGCUUGGCCAUGAAGAAGUAUCGGCGUGAGGCCUACCACAGCUUUCCAAGGGAACUGGCCCAAUACCAUCCUGCAAUGAGAGUUUUUGUGAACAGAAGCUUGGCAAUGGAGAAGAUUAAGUGCUUUGGUUUUGAUAUGGACUACACUCUGGCAGUGUAUAAAUCACCUGAGUACGAGUCGCUGGGAUUUGACCUGACCGUGGAACGUCUUGUCCACAUCGGUUACCCACAGGAGCUGCUCAACUUUGUCUACGACCCCGCUUUCCCCACCAGAGGCCUGUUGUUUGACACAAUGCACGGGAAUCUGCUCAAGGUCGACGCAUACGGCAACAUCCUGGUCUGUGCCCACGGCUUCAACUUCAUGAGGGGGCCUGAAAUCAGGGAGAUGUACCCCAACAAGUUUAUCCAGCGUGGAGACACCGACCGCUUCUACAUUCUGAACACACUGUUCAACCUCCCUGAAACCUACCUCUUUGCUUGUCUGGUUGAUUUCUUCACCAACUGCCCCAAAUACACAAGUUAUUGUGGUCCCAGCUGCGAGACUGGCUUUAAGAAUGGAGACCUCUUCAUGUCCUACAAGAGCAUGUUCCAGGAUGUCCGUGAUGCUGUGGACUGGGUCCACUUGAAGGGAUCUUUGAAAGAAAAAACGGUUGAAAACCUGGAGAAGUAUGUGGUCAAGGAUGGGAAGCUCCCUCUACUCCUGAGUCGGAUGAAUGAAGUGGCCAAGGUGUUCCUGGCCACCAACAGUGACUACAAAUACACAGAGAAAAUAAUGACAUACCUGUUUGACUUCCCCCAUGGCCCAAAGGUGGGAAUGCCCCAUCGGCCCUGGCAGUCCUACUUUGACCUGAUCUUAGUAGAUGCCCGCAAGCCUGUGUUCUUCGGAGAGGGGACAGUGCUACGGCAGGUUGACACAACCACUGGCCGGCUGAAGAUUGGCACGUACACAGGACCGCUGCAGCACGGCAUUGUGUACUCUGGAGGUUCCUCUGACAUAGUGUGUGACCUGCUGGCGGCCAAAGGGAAGGACAUAGUAUACAUUGGGGACCACAUCUUUGGGGACAUCCUCAAGUCCAAAAAACGCCAGGGAUGGAGGACCUUCUUGGUGAUCCCUGAACUGGCUCAGGAGUUGCACGUGUGGACUGACAAGAGCUCUCUGUUUGAGGAGCUCCAGUCUCUGGACAUCUUCCUGGCAGAGCUCUAUAAAAAUCUUGACAGCAGCAGCAACGAGAGACCUGAUAUCAGUUCCCUCCAGCGCAGGAUCAAGAAAGUGACCCAUGACAUGGACAUGUGCUAUGGGAUGAUGGGCAGUCUGUUCCGCAGUGGCUCCAGACAGACUCUGUUUGCGUCACAGGUGAUGCGCUAUGCUGACCUGUACGCUGCCUCCUUCAUCAACCUCCUCUACUACCCAUUCAGCUACCUGUUCAGAGCAGCACACGUACUGAUGCCCCAUGAGUCGACGGUUGAGCACGCCCACGUGGACAUCAACGAUACUGAGUCGCCCCUGGCAACACGUAACCGCCACUCCGUGGACCUGCUGGAGUUAGACUGUAAGAGGCACCAGCUGACCCGCUCCAUAAGCGAGAUCCAGCCCCCAAACCUGUUCCCACAGACCCCCCAGGAGAUCACCCACUGCCACGACGAGGAUGAUGACGAGGAAGAGGAAGAGGAGGAAGAUUUCCAGAGAAGUUUCCAGAUGGAGCUCUUCGGACCAAACCUAAGAGACUGAUGAUGACAUGGCCCCCCUAGCAUGCCUGCACUGACCUGGCACCAUUAUGCAGUCAGUAUCACAUACAUGAGCCGUGCACGCAUAGUCUUGAAAGCCCGACCCUAGGCAACACAGUGACUAAGGUCUGGUUUCAAUGAUGGACUAUUUUGGCAUAGAGCAGGGAUGGGCAACUUUGAUGUGGGUGGGGGCCCCAAAAAAAUCUGAACUCAACAUGAGGGGCCACAUUUGCUCGCAGGUCUGCGUACCCAGAUGUGCAUACCCCCCAACCACCACAUUGCGAGUAAAACAUUUUAGCAGCCUCCCUCUUGACAGUGAAGAGUCAAUUUCGUGCAAUUCUACACAUUUUGCCAUGGGGCGUAGAGAACAUGUUGCAGUUUUAAAGUGAGUUUGCUGCAAUUCUACACAUUUUGCCAUGGGGCGGAGAGAAUUUUGAAGUUUUAUAAUAUUAUAUCUGAGUGAGACUGACUAACAAAAUAAAUUGGGGCCUCCGGUCUGUAAAUCGACCAUGAUUACUAAGUUUAGAUAGUCUAGCGGCCAGCUAACUUACCAAUCUAAAACAAUGUUGCUGACAUGGG